AUGGAUGAUAUACCUAGCUAUGUUAAGCUUCCCGAACCCGUACACAUAAUGUCCAAUAACAGCAAGUUCAUUGGUCUGACAGUUAUGGGGCUUGAUAACAUAGAAGAUCUGGUUAGGAGAGGGUACCUUAAUCAGUUUAAGCAGCACGCUGAUCUUCCAAGAAGAAGGGAUGAAGAUAGAAUAGGGCGUGAUCGCAGAGGAGGUCACAGGGGUCCCGCUGAAGACAGGGACAGAGACAGUAAGCCAGAAGGCAGAGUGUAUGUGAUCAAUGGAGGACCAGUGCACGGGGAAACAAUGAACAAGGCACGAGCAGACCUGCGGGCAAUGAUACAUCAGAUAAAUUACAAUAAGAAGCGUAGAUGGCCACCACUUCCUCCGCAGCCGCGAGCUACAUUUGUUGAAUACGAUCAAGAAGGCAUAGUCUAUCCUCAUGAUGACCCGCUGGUGGUGACAAUGAGAAUAGCAAAUUGGGAGGUGGAUCGAAUAUUGAUAGAUGGGGGCAGCUCAACCAACAUCAUAUACAUCAGCGCGUUCAAAGAGUUGAAGUUAGACAGGAAAGAUCUAAAAAGGGUGAGUUAUGAAGUCACCGAGUUCAACAGAUCCGGAUUGACCCCGAAAGGCAUAAUUGAGCUCUCAGUUUGA